GCAAAUUCAUUUAUUUCUAGCACGAUUUCAGUCAAAAAAAGAAAGAACCCACUUAAUAACUAGCAAAUAUAUUAACAAUUCAUAAAACUACUAUGGAUGCAGUUAAAAAAUCUCAUGAAAUUCAAUUGCAAGUGCGUCAUAAUGCGGAAGAGGUGCGUAACACGCUUAAUGAUCUCUAUAGCUGGGAGCAGGAAAUGAAGGCCAAGGAAAAAGAGCUCACACGACGUCCUGUAUUCACGGAAAAAGAAGAGCGGGAAAAUGUGCCGGUACGUAGUCACAUCCUUUCGGAAAAGCAGCAAACUCAAACGAAUAAACCGCAGCAGCAACCAUCUAAAUUAGCUUCUGUUGUUAAGGACGCAGAAAUUUAUCCGACGAGCUCCAGCGGUGCUUCUACUCCCACAGAGAAAAAAGAGAAUCCCCUGGACCACAACGAAGAAAAGCGCAAACAAGCUAAUGAAGUGAAAAACAAAGGAAAUACGUUGGUUAAGCUUGGCGAAUAUGAGAAGGCCAUUUAUGAGUACUCUACCGCGAUUGAUAUAUUCCCAGAGGAUGCGGUGUUUUAUAGUAAUCGUGCGCUUUGCUAUCUAAAAUUAGAGAGAUAUAAUGAUUGCACUGAAGAUUGUGACCGGGCCAUUGAAAUCGAUAGCUUAUGCGUUAAAGCCUACUAUCGACGCAUGCAAGCCAAUGAGUGUCUAGGCAACAAUAUGGAUGCACUUAAAGAUUGUACCACUGUUCUAAUGAUCGAACCCAAGAAUAGUGAAGCAAAUAAAAGUUUGGAACGCAUCAAUGAAAGAAUACGAAAAAGUUUAAAAUCAGCAAAAGGACCAAACUUCAGCGCAACCAGUGACAACAUAAUAGAUAUUUUGCCUAUCGAUAAACCACCUUACAAACGCUCAACCAAGCCUCUUCGUCGUGUGCCCAUAGCAGAUGUUGUAGGCCCCAAAGAUAAAAAAAGUUGUGAAAAUUCAAAUUUGAAAAUCUCGGAUGAAGAUAUAGACAAAUUAUUUAAUAGCAACUGUGGUCCAUUUGUUGAGGUCAAGAAAUCCAAUAAUACAACGGAACGUAAAAACGCUGGAAAACCCGAAGCGAAAGGAGGAGAAAAAUCUAGGCGAUUAGACGAAGUGUACCCUCUUUCUAAUCAAACUACUGAAAAGCAAGAACGCGAAGAAAGCCAGACAACCUCAUCAACCGGAGAGGCGGACAAGUCGUGCACGACGUCUGGAACGGAUGUGCUCCGGCUGAAUGCUAAUCGCCCCUUGCCGCCACCUCCAACGUCCACAGCGCAAUUUUAUCCUAACUGGAAAGAAUUGGCGCCUGCCCAAAAGUAUUAUUACUUAAAGAGCAUUAAUGUAUCGCAAAUACGCAAAAUACUUGGUGCGGGUUUUGAUUCUGAUACUCUUACGGACAUUCUUCAUACUCUUCGCGACUUUUACUUAUCAAAUAAGGAUGAAACAGCCGCUGCCACCCUCCUAGAAAUCAGUAAAAAUAAUCAAGUCACCAUUUUAUCGCUACUUAUGUCUGCCGAUGAGAAGAAACUCCUUACCGAUAUUCUAAAUACUUUUAAGGAGAACCAGGCAAGCGCCUCAGCAGCAGAAAAAAUAGCAAAAAAUUUCAAUUUGCAUUAAAUGCCUUCUUUCCUUAAUGCAUGUACAUUUGUGUCCAAUCAUUUUGAUUUACAUAGUUGAAAACAAAUUUAUUUAAAAUAAAAUACAAUUAUGAAACUA